AUGUCGCAGAAGGUCUAUACCCGCCGCAACCCCGCAGGCUACGGCUUGGAGAAAUCCCUCGAGGCCAUCCGAAACCCCGCCGCUCCCGUUCCGAUCCCCACGCCGACCUCCGAUGUCGAAGCCCUCAAGCAAGACGGCGACUCAUUCACCUUUGACCGCUUCACCGCCGAGGAUGCCAACGAGCUCGGCCACCUCCUCUACGCCCGCCUCCUCCCCUUCGCCGCCGCCGGCAAGCCCACCGUAGUCUCCAUCGCCCUCGCCAACAGCGAACAGAUCCUCUUCCAGACCGCCGUCGGCUCCGGCACCCUCCCGGACAACGCGACGUGGGUGCAGCGCAAGCGCAACAGCGUCCUCCGCUGGGGCGCCAGCACCUGGCUCCUGCACAACAAGUUCGCCGGCAACGAGACCGAGUUCGCGGCGCUCUUCUGCAUGAGCACCGAGCAGGCCAACAAGUACGCCAUCCACGGCGGCGGCGUGCCCAUCCGCGUGCAGGGCGUCGAGGGCGUCGUUGCUGUGGUCGUCGUCAGCGGCUUGAAGCAGGACCAGGACCACGGUGUGAUUAUGGAUGUUAUCAAGACAAACUGGCAGUGA